UGACCACAGAUCACUCACAAACAAAAAAAACGAAUGAAAAUGUAUCGCAUUCUGUUGGUACUUUUGGUGAUUACACUCGCUUACUCCUUCGCAGAAGCUCUACUCGAUAACAAUACUCAACAAAGAGUUGACGCAAUAUGCAAACAGACAAUAGACACCAAAUUCUGCCAGGGGGUCUUUGCCAAGAAGCUGGCUACGUCUUCCCCAAGCAAUAAAGAUCUCCUGAACGUGACAGUGACAGAAGCUGAAACAUUCUCGGCCAAGACUUAUUUCUUCAUCAGCACACUCCUUAGAGAUGCUGGAGACGAGAGGUCCGGUCUGCAAAAGUGUGCCGAAGCUUACGAAAUUGUAAACACUGCGUUCACGGAGGUUGUAUCUUUCUUCAAUCAAGGACUAUACGGUGAGAUCCUAAAACUCACGGGUAAAGUUUCUUAUGGUGUUGGUAUAUGUAAGACAGAUUUUAAUGUGCCCGGUUAUCAUAUCAAUCCGAUGAUUGAGAAAAAUAGAGAAACAAAGGUCUUAGUGGCCAUGGAACAGAUCAUUGGUCAUAUGAUUUCUUCCUAAUCUAAUUGUUAAAGCUUUGAUAAUGUAAACAAAUGUUUUCAGAAAUAUUAUAAAUAAUGUAGUACUAAAUCAUGAUCCGCCCGACUGGGCGGGGUUAUAUUUUUAUAAUAUAUAUAACUAUUUCUAA